AUUUUAAAAUACUGAAAUUGAAAAUUCCCUUGCCUCCCUACCAGAUCCCUUCCUGCCCUCGCAGCCUCCAGGAGGCCAGGAGCUCCUGUGGCCAGUGUCGUCUGGAUCCUUCCAGACCUUUUCCUGUGCAUUUGCACACCUACAUAUACACCAAUAUGGAGAUACCUCAUUGUAUAAGCUGGUGGGGCUUUGUUUUUUGAGGAAGAUUGGCUCUGAGCUAACAUCCGUGCCCAACUUCCUCUAUGUUUUAUAUGUGAGAUGCCGCCACAGCACGGCUUGACAAGCGGUUCAUUCAUAGGUUUGCACCCGGGAUCCAGGCCAGCGAAGCUGGGGCCACCAAGGCAAAACGUGCGAACUUAACUGAACUUAACCGCUGCGCCACCAGACUGGCCCCGAUGAUGCAAGCUACCCCUCUGGCUGCUCCUGCGGGUGCCCCCUCCAGGAAGAAGCGGUUGGAGUUGGGCGAUGACCUAGACACCGAGGGUCCCACCCGGAAACAAGCUCGAAGUGGGCCCCAGCCCAGGCUGCCCCCCUGUCCACUGGCCCUGAGCCCACCCCCUGCUCCAGUCCGUGCCCCUGUGGGGACCACUGCCUCCCGGCUUGGGCCCUAUGUCCUCCUGGAGCCUGAGGAGGAUGGCCAGGCCUACCGGGCCCUGCACUGCCCCACAGGAACCGAGUACACCUGCAAGGUGUACCCGGUUUGCGAUGCCCUGGCGGUGCUGGAGCCCUACUCACGGCUGCCCCGCCACGGGCACGUGGCCCGGCCCACCGAGGUCUUGGCGGGCACGCGCCACCUCUACGCCUUUUUCCCGCGGCCCCACGGGGACAUGCACAGCCUGGUGCGCCGCCGCCGCCGCCUCCCGGAGCCCGAGGCCGCCGCGCUCUUCCGCCAGAUGGCGGCCACUGUGGCGCACUGCCACCAGCACGGUCUAGUCUUGAGAGAUCUCCAGCUGCGUCGCUUUGUCUUCACUGACCGUGAGAGGACGAAGCUGGUGCUGGAGAACCUGGAGGACGCCUGUGUGCUGAGCGGGCCAGACGACUCCUUGUGCGACAAGCACGCGUGCCCGGCUUAUGUGGGACCGGAGAUCCUCAGCUCGCGGCCAUCCUACUCGGGCAAGGCGGCAGAUGUCUGGAGCCUGGGUGUGGUGCUCUUCACCAUGCUGGCCGGCCACUACCCCUUCCAGGACUCAGAGCCCAUCCUGCUCUUUGGCAAGAUCCGCCGCGGGGUCUUUGUCCUGCCUGCGGGCCUCUCAGCCCCGGCCCGCUGCCUGAUCCGCUGCCUCCUUCGACGGGAGCCAGCCGAGCGGCUCACAGCUGCGGGCAUCCUGCUGCACCCCUGGCUGCGGGAGAACCCGACGCCCUCGGUCCCAUCCGGAUCCCACCUCUGGAGGACUGACCAGGUGGUCCCCAGUGGACCGGGGCUGGAGGAGGGAGAAAGGGAAGCGGGUCUGUAUGGUUAGUGCUACCCGACGAGACUCUGAGCUGCACACAGUGGCUUGAGUGUGGGGCGUCUGCAAGCUCUCUCCUGCCGCUUUGAACUGAGCCAAACCUUAAGUGCCUUCUAGGAGGGAGAAGGGAGGAGGCAUGUGCACACGUGUGUGGUCCCACGCAUGUGCACACGCGCUUGUGCAUUCAGCAAGUCCUUCUUGGGAGCUCGCUGAGGGCCAGGCCCUGUUUUGGGGGCUGGGAACACAGCUGUGAAUACAAGAGACGAAACUCCUGCUCACAGAGCUGACAGCACUUUUCCAUGCCCACAGGGCAGUGUCCACCCUGGGCACACUUAGUGCAGGUGUCCACAUCCACUCGUGCUGGCGCCCAGGCACCUCUGUCAUGGGACGGUCCCUUUUGCAAACAAACCAGCUGCCUUUGUAUCUUGCACCUUUCAGAGAAAGGGAAGCAUCUCUGUGCCAAAGGCUCCAGGCCUCUCCCCUGCCACUUAGGGCUCCAGAGCCCAGGUCGUGCUGGGAGUGGUGCCCCCAGCAGCUCUGUCCGCUUGGCCAAAGGAUUCUCCAUCCAGGCCUUAGCCAAGGAUUUGAGCUGGGAGAUCAAGAGUGUAAACUGAGGCUGUUCCUCACCUAACUCUAGGAAUGGUCUGGAAUGAGGAGCCAGACCUGUCUACUUCUGUGAGCCCUGACCUGAGCACCAGAGUUGGGCAACAGGAUUAGGCAGUGUGCACCCUGGCCUCCCGGAAAGUCCCAAGCCCUGUUCUGGGGAUCCUUGGGGUGCAGGAACCCACAUCGUUACUACGGGUUUUUGAUGCCAUGAGUCUAUAUUUCUACCUUGUGUCUAAUAAAGGAGUUGUGAAAUGCUUUUAUUCCUCCUGGACAGUUCUGUCCUCUCCUCCCCAUCUCUUAGCAGUUUUUCUGCCUCCGAGACGAGCCCCAGUGAAAGGCAGGAGGCCUGUGUGCCAGCCUCAGCUGAGUGGUCGUGAGAACAGAAGCCCCAGCAGCUCCUCCCACACUCUCGCUGCUCCUUCUGGAAGCAGUGGUGUCUCAGGGUACUUUUUGGCUGCAAGUGACUGAAACUCCAAGUCAAAGUGGCUUGAAAAAGAAAGAAAUGUAUUGCACACAAAGCAAGAAGUCAGCAGGCGGGGUGGGUUCCAGGGCAGGCCGAUUCAGCUCUCAGAGCUGUUAGCAAGGACCCAGGCUCCCUGCGCUCAUCCUGUCUCUCUGCUCUGUUGUCCCAGGUGACUGCUGGUGCAAUGGCCACAGCAGUCCCCGGUGUCACAUUAGAGAGAUCAAGGACCAGAGGAAGAAGGAGGGUGGCGUUGUGCUGCUCAAGAACUCGGGACUCUGGAGUCAGGCUGCCUGGAAUUGGAUCCUGGCUCCAGCACUCGCUAGAUGUUUGACGUUCAGCAAGUUUCUUAACCACUCCGUGCCUCAGAUUCUUCCUCUGUAAAAUGAGGGAUAAUAGUACCUAACUCGUGAGAAUUCAAUGAGUUAUUUUAUGUAAAGCACUUAGAAUAAAUGCCUGGCAUCAGAAGCCCUCAGUAAGAGUUAGUUAUCGUUCUGGUCCCCAUAGCUCUUUCUUGGGAUGAGGAAAGCUUUCCUGGAAGCACUCCUAACUUCCUAUUGGCCAGAACUGGGUCACGUGCCCUUUCUUGCCCAAUCGCCUCUGAGGGAAAUGCAGUGGCUAAUUAAUCAUGCCCAUCCUCCAGCUGUAGGUGGGGGCAGCCUCCCUGAGGCUCAUGUCACCUGUGUCAGGAGGGGGGAGUGACACUUGAACAAAAUCAGAUUCAGAGAGGGAGGAGAGAGUGGGAGAAAGCAUGAGGAGGAGAACUGAGAUGCUCCGGUCAGCGGCCUGCCAACUGCAGACAUGUGAGAGAGGCCAUCCCAGAUCAUCCAGGCACCAGGCGACCCUCCAGCUGACGGCAAACGCAGAGGUCAGUCAGGCUGGCCCAGACCAGAAGAACCACCCCACUGACCCACAGAAGGAUGAGCUCAA